AUGUCGAACCCCGCGCAAUCCUUCGACUCUCGACGGGCAACCAUCUAUAACCGCCAGCCUGAAGAGCUUCAUAUCCCAAGCGGAGCCUCAGCAAAUUCGACUCUGCCUCACCAAUCAAUGUCCCACGAGUCGUCGGUAGCGGCAGAUACCGGAAUGAAUAACCUUCCUUCCAUCAACGUCCAGCCAUCGAGCUCCCAGCCAGGUCACUAUGCAGCCGGCAGCAGUACUGGGGGCGCUUCCCUUCCAGGAGCGCUUCAACCAGGGAACGUCAACCGGCCGCCUGCGAUAUCCAUGAACACUGCCCCGUCCGUGCUGCCUACGCUGCCCCAGUUAUCUACCCAGCUGCAGCCGCAACAAUCGCAAUCGCAGCCUCAGCAGCAACAACCACCAACAACGCCUCGUUCAGGCAUGGUCAAUUCGCACGGUCAUUCCAGAUCCAGUCCGUCGAAUCUUGAACAACCGAAAUAUAAGCCGCAUGGAGCUUCGGAGAUCUCCAGAUAUGGGGCGUCUCCUGGUGCCGGGUUCCCGCCGCACACCCCGCAAGGAUCGAAGUACUCUCCUCUUGGGCUGGCUGAUAUCCGUCCGUCAGGAGAUCUUCUGAGCGACGCGAUCACUAGUCCAGGAAUGCCGGCCUACAACGGGGAAACACAGGUGCCCACCAACGGCAACUAUGUUGCGCCGUGGCCCAUCUAUGCGGUGGAUUGGUGCAAAUGGCCGAUUACAGGCAAUUCCGGCUCCUUUGCAGGCAAGAUUGCACUGGGGAGCUACCUGGAAGACAACCACAACUAUAUACAAAUCAUUGACACGCAUUUGGCUCAACCAGACCCGGAUACCCCAGAUGUGGCCCCGGGUGAUCUCAAACUAGAAUAUGUCAAAACCGCCGAGGCCACGCAUUCAUAUCCCGUUACAAGGAUUCUCUGGGAACCCCCCUCAUCCCAAAAGCAAUCGACCGAUCUACUCGCGACCUCUGGUGAUCACCUACGGCUGUGGUCACUUCCCACCACUCAGCCCUUGCAUAGUUCCAACUCGAUUACACGUCCUGCCAAUCAUAGGGAUCCUCCAACCGCCAAACUCUCGCCGCUAGCCUUGCUCUCGAACUCCAAAUCCCCUGAACAUACGGCCCCUAUCACCUCGCUUGACUGGAAUACGAUCUCUCCCAGUCUGAUCAUCACCUCCAGCAUUGAUACGACCUGUACUAUCUGGGAUAUCCCCACUCUCACGGCCAAGACGCAGCUGAUCGCGCACGAUAAGGAAGUCUACGAUGUCCGAUUUUGCGCGAAUAGUGUCGAUGUGUUUGUCAGUUGUGGCGCCGACGGUAGUGUGCGCAUGUUCGAUUUGCGCAGUCUAGAGCACAGCACCAUCAUCUACGAGCCAACCGAGAAAAAUGACAAAUUAAUGAGCCCCGGAAAUGGCAGCCCCCCGGCAUCAUCGCAAGCUGUCUGGCCGCCGCCCCUUUUACGUAUCGCAGCAUCGCCCCACGACGCUCAUCUCCUAGCAACAUUCUCCCAGGAUUCCAACAUCGUCCGCGUCCUCGACGUCCGACAACCAGGCCAGGCGAUCCUCGAACUCAAGGGCCACGCCGCCGCGAUCAACUGCGUCGAGUGGUCCCUCACCCGACGCGGCGUGCUCGCCUCUGGUGCAGACGACUGCUGCGUUCUCCUCUGGGACCUGAUCAACCAGCACAACGCCGCGCCCGUCCCAUCCGCGCCGAACGCCCCUGGCACCCCCUCUACAACAUCCGAGCGCGGGCCCGCUGCCGCCUGGCAGUGUGAUUACGAAGUCUCGAACAUCAGCUGGUCGCCCCAGGGCGGAACCAACAGCUCGGGCCACCCGCGGGAUUGGUUAGGUGUGUGUGGUGGUCGGGGUGUGUGGGGGGUUGCAUUAUGA